AUGUAUCAGCCAAACUUUGGAAGACCUCCUGCCUCCUACAUGGCUGCUCCAAAUCUUCAGAGCAUCUUCUCUUCGGUUGACAGAGAUCGUUCGGGUCAAAUCUCAGCCGAUGAGCUUCAACGAGCGCUCAGCAACGGCACGUGGAACCCAUUCAAUCCGGAGACUUGUCGGCUUAUGAUCGGAAUGUUCGAUUCAAAUGGCGAUGGCGCUAUCAACUUCCCCGAGUUUCAGGCCCUUUGGAACUACAUCAACGAUUGGACAAACUGCUUCCGCGGCUUUGAUCAGGACAACUCGGGAAACAUCGACCGAAGAGAGCUGCAGACUGCGUUGACACAAUUUGGUUAUCGCCUCUCGGAUCGCUUCUACAACAUCUUGAUGACCAAGUUCGAUCGCACUCACCAAGGAAGCAUAAACUUCGACGAUUUUAUUCAACUUUGUGUCGUUCUCCAGACUUUGACCGCCGCUUUCCGUGACAAGGAUCAGGAUCGAGAUGGAGUUAUUACGAUCGACUACGAAAGCUUUCUAUCAAUGGUAACAUCGAUGUUCCUCAGCAAGCUUGGA